GAGCUGCGCGCGCCGCCGCUCACAUUCUGCCAUCCAUGCUGCUAACACUACUGCUGCUGCUGAGCGCGAGGGGCUCCGGGACUGAGGUGCGCGCUGCGUCCGCUCAGUGCAGCCUGUAGAGGAGAAGACGUGACUGGAAUAUAAACACAUUCACACACAGACACACACACACGCUCCGAACCAUGUCGAGGAGUCAGAGGACGCCGCUGAAGAGCACGGACAGUGUGGUCGAGGUGAAGAGCAAAUUUGAAGCGGAGUACCGGCGCUUUGCGCUGAAAAGGAAUGGUGCUGGAAGCUUCCAGGAGUUUUAUCAGCUGCUGCAGACCAUUCACCGCAUCCCUGGAGUGGACGUUCUGCUAGGUUACGUCGACAUCCAUGGAGACCUGCUGCCCAUCAACAAUGACGACAACUUCCACAAAGCGCUGUCUUCCGCCAACCCGCUGCUAAGGAUCAUCAUCCAGAGGAGAGAUGAGGAUGAACCUGUGGUCUUUCCCACUAACUCUCUGCAGAGGAGAAAGAAGGGUCUUGCAGGCCUGCGUCCUUCACAGCAGAAGAACAAGCCGGCCCUACUGAUCGGUCUGCCUCAGGAUUUCCGACAGAUCUCCUCCAUCAUUGACGUGGACAUCCUGCCCGAGACGCACCGCCGUGUGCGCCUGCACAAGCACGGCACCCACAAGCCCCUGGGCUUUUACAUUCGCGAUGGUGUCAGUGUGCGGGUGACGCCGCAGGGCGUGGAGAAGGUCCCGGGCGUCUUCAUCUCGCGCCUGGUGAGGGGCGGCCUGGCUGAGAGCACAGGUCUGCUGGGGGUCAACGACGAGAUCCUGGAGGUGAAUGGUAUUGAUGUUGCUGGCAAGUCAUUGGACCAGGUGACGGACAUGAUGGUGGCCAACAGCCACAACCUGAUCGUGACGGUCAAGCCGGCUAACCAGCGCAACAACGUAGUGCACCGUGGGAGCAAAGCCUCCGCUGGCAAUGGCUCAGCCGGUUCUGGAGGCUCUGCCCUCUCCCAGGACUCCGCUCACAGCCCCGCCUCCCAAACUGUCAGCCAGUGCAGUAACAGCAACAGCGUGGCGGAAGGAGACAGCGACGACGAUGACACUGACCUCAUCAUUGAGAGCGACAACCUGCCCUCCUACACGCCCCACCGUUCACUGGCCAAUGGGAACAUCCAUGGCAACACUCUGUCAUCGGGGGCGUUCGGGCACAGGCCCCUCCCCCAGAGUGUCUCGCUGCCCAGCAGCAGCUCUCUGUCAGACAGUAAGGCCUCCCUGAGCUCGUUGACCACACCCACGCACAACGGCAGUCCCACAAAGACGAGCAGCAGCCAGGAGAGUAUGAGGGAGGAUGGCAACUUCAUCACGUUGUGAAACGGCCCUUCGCUCACAUAGAGCGUAUCAGCAAUGUCGUAAGAAAGCCUUGUAUCUCCAAAACGGUACCUUCAGGAGAAAAUAGAAAAGUUCUCAACAUCCGUCAACAUAACUCAAACGUGAAAGUUUCUAUUGAGUCAUUCAUCAUGAAAGGUUUCCACAAUAUAAAGGGCAGCUGGAGUUUUCAAAUGGUGUAAAAAAAUAAUAAUAAAAUAAAUAAAAAAGAAAAAAGUUACAAAGUUUUCUUAUGACAGCAGUGAUAUGGGACCCACACGUAUGAAGUCUUUAUGCACAAGUAGAAUAAAAAAAUGAAGGCAAAAUAGACUGUUGAAAGUGCUGUACCUGUCACAAAACAUCAAGAAGAUGUUGAUCUCCCAGAGGACUGUUGAAGAUUGAAAGUGGGGGCUUCACAGUGGAGUUGGUUUGUGGAAGUGCAGCCAGGGAAUACACAUGUGCUCGUCUCCUCAUGGAAGUGCCUUACGGCUCUCCAUUCAUCGCGCCUUAUGUUUUUCUUUUUUUUUUUCUUUUUUUUUUCUGCCAGCCUCAUUUGAUCUUGUACUUGGACAAAAACAAGGUCAUCUCAUACAGCAAGAAGCUUGGACACUGUGUCGGAACAGAUGAAAGAACACAAUAACAAACACACAUCCUCACCGAGUGUGUUCAACACAAAUGGAAUUGCGAUGCCUGCUCAGAUCAAUAUCUGCACUCUAGCUUAGAUGAACUCUCUGUAGUGCCACUGUCUUUUCUUGGAACGCAGAGCCUCUGCAGUUUAUGUGACACUUCCUGCAUGUCAAAACUGGCAUAGUAGCAUUUAGUGAAGAUGAUAACGAUGAUGAUGAUCAAGAAUAGAAUAAUGCAAGAUUAUUGGAACUGUCCUGAUCAAUGAUGAUUGUUAUGCAGCUGUUCUGUGAUAUGUGCUUUCGUACAAAGGGCUUCAGGAGUUAAUGAGACACCAUGUCAUGUUCACACAUAUCAGUUUCUGUGGGUUCUAGCCCUGGCUGCAGUACUUCUAAAAUCUCCUCCACAGUGUUUCUUACUAUUCACCAUCCAUAAAGUCUUACACUGAAAAAAACAGUAUGCUGACUUUACUUGAUUCAAAUUUGUACAUCGGUGCUACAUGAAUAAUAUAUA